UGGAGACUCCGUCCCAACACAACACUACUCGUUAGUUUGUACAUGCAUCUUUGUUACUUCCGCCUGUCUAAUAAGAAAUCCUAGUUUAACCCCCCUAAUAUCAACUCACACCCCCACAAACUCCAUUCACAUAAAUCAUUACAACACAGUUCGUACCCCAAACCCACUAAACCUCAACAAUGGCAUCCUCUACUUUCUCCAACACCGUCUCUCCUCAUUCUUAUGCCCCCAAAUCUCCAUCUCCCAGAUUCACCACAUCUAGAUCUCUCCAUCUACCUACCCGGUCGAGGAACACCAAUGUCACAAGACGAUUUGCAAUCUCUUGUUCUUCAGAUUCCGCAAAUGCUCCCAAAGAAGACACCAUCCCAAUUGAAUUAAGGUAUCCUGCAUUUCCAACCAUAUUGGAUAUCAAUCAGAUUCGUGAUAUUCUACCCCACAGGUUUCCAUUUCUUCUAGUGGAUAGAGUGAUUGAAUACAAUCCUGGAGUUUCUGCAGUGGCUAUUAAGAAUGUUACAAUAAAUGAUAACUUCUUUCCUGGACAUUUUCCAGAAAGACCUAUCAUGCCUGGUGUGCUCAUGGUUGAGGCACUAGCACAGGUUGGUGGCUUGGUUAUGUUACAACCUGAAGUGGGAGGUUCUCGCGAGAAUUUCUUCUUUGCUGGGAUAGACAAAGUACGGUUUAGGAGGCCUGUGAUUGCUGGAGACACCUUAGUCAUGAGAAUGACACUUAUCAAAUUGCAAAAGCGAUUUGGAAUAGCGAAGAUGGAAGGGAAGGCAUAUGUUGGAGGUGAAGUUGUCUGUGAGGGUGACUUUUUGAUGGCAACAGGAUCUUCGAGCGAAUAAGUAGAGCAACCAGUUCGCCAAAAUGAGAGCUGAUUUUGCUGCAUUUCUUUUAUGCUUCUAGCAUACUUUUAGUUGUUUAACUCGGGAUUUUUCAUUUGGUAUGUUCUUGAGUAGAGAAUCCAAAAAUUUGAUUAAGUUAAGAAGAUAACUAUGUGCAUGUAUGGAUUGAAGAUUACAAAUUUUAAGUUUGAAUGAACUUCAGGUUUGCAAAA